AUGCCAUACCAGCGGCACAAGAAGCCAACAGCUUUGGAGUUUAUGUUUGGAGAACUCGAACGAGCUUCCGGUGAGAGUAAAACACUCGGUGGAAAACCCAAAGAUGAACUGCUUAAGCAACAAACGGACAGUGAAACAUCUGCUGCAAGCCCUUUACGCCUUUCCAAGCGCCGGGAAAUCCACACUCCCCACCUGAGCGACAGGCCUGGUGAGCCAACAAAUGAGAUUCAAUUGCCCAAUGGGAGCCUUGUUGAACCAGGGCGAGUCCUGGUCAAAGGAACUUGA